GUCAGUGUGUCCUGUAAAAGGCUUGUAGUGCUCGUGCCACCGCAUCGCACUAACCAUCGAUUCGGCCAUUGGAAAUUAAAUAGAUAUUUUUAAUUGCGAUUUAUACGAGUCCUAUCGAAAAACUUGCAUUUUACCUAAUAUCUACAAGUUUUAAAAUUAUUAUUAUAUAUGCAUGGUACACAUGUAUACUGCAUAUUAAACUGUGAAAAGGAAAAUUCGUUAAGCUGCUUAAUUCAGUAGUUUCAAUAUCAAGACAAUAUAUUUCAACAUCAGGAGAGACAAUUGUAAUUCGUCAUGUCGCGUGAAGUCGAUAUGGAGAGUCGAUUUAUUAAGACCCAUGGAAUUUUGACAUUGAAAAAACUUCAAGCAAUUCAUGAUAGACGUAAGUCAAUUAAUCAGAAGAUUGGUCAUGGUGUAAUCAAAUUGGAUGAACUAUUAAGACAAAUAAAUAUUGAACUGGACAUUUUCAAGUCGUGUCAACAUAAAAUUAGUCAGUUGUUUAUAAAUAAAUCUAAUGGCGAUAGAAAAAAUGAAGUACUCAAAAUUAUAUCAAAUCGUAUAAAUGAAAUGUAUAAAUAUUUGUUUACAUUAUUUACUGUAGAUAAUAAUCAUUUAAAUUCGUACAUUGAGUUUUGUUCAAGAAAUGAUUUGUUAAUUCCAUGCAGCAAGUUAUUAAGCACAUUGGUGAUGCAAAAACAAAACGAUCCUGAAUUAUAUUUAAUUGCUGCGGAGCUUGAGUUUAACAAACUUAAUAAUAUUGAACAGGCUCGACUGUAUUACGAAAAAGGCAUACAUGAACAUAGCCAAAGCAAGGAGCUACGUUUAAACGAAUAUCGGAUGGAGAUACAGCAUUUGCAUAGGAUUAAGCAUAACAAUUUUUUUAAAUGGCAUGAGAAGUACUUGGCAGCAAUUUAUGAUUUUAAAAAUGAUAUUAAUCUGCAUAUAGAACUGUUAGACGCUUCUUUAAUAUUACAAUUCGACGGACUUAAUUCGCUUAUUGUCAGCGAUUUAAUACACUUUUAUAAAGAUAACGAAUUACUUUGGCACAAAUUGGCAAGAAUGCAAUUGAAUGGUUAUAGUUACAAUCAUCUUACUAGAUAUCUGUCUUUUACUGGCGAGUCGAUGGCAGUACAGAAAUGUAUAAACAUUUAUGAGGAAGCUUUUAAAAAUACUGAAUUAAAAAUAAACCAACAUCGAUUAAGGGAAUUAUAUUGGAAUACUGUUGUGGAAAUAUGUAAUUCGGACCGUAUGCAAAGCGAGUAUAAUAAAAGAUACAUGCAUAAAACUUUGGAACGUUCUAUUCAAGAGGCAAAUUCAAGUGGCACAUCACACAAUCCUGAAAUAUGGCUUUGGGCAAAAAACUGUGAUUUAAACGAUCGACGGAAAAUUUUGUCAGAAGCUGUAAAAGAUCUAAGCUCCAGUGUAGUUCUAUGGACAGAGCUUUUAAACCUAUAUAUUGCUGAAAACUCUAUUAACAUUAGCAACAUUUUUCUACAAGGCGUUAAUGUGUUGAAAGAUAAUUCACUGCCUCUAUGGGAAAUCACGAUUAGUCAUACGAAAAAAAUGCAUUCGGACAGGGUCGACAAAUUGUAUGACCAAGGUUCGCGUGCCGAUUAUAAUGUAGUCGCCCUAGAGAUGAGACCUGCUUAUCUAGACUGGUGUUCAGCUAACAGAGGAAUACUUGCAGCUCGAGGUCUAUUUGAAGAGCUCAAAUCCCUAACGCCUCCUUGUCAAAAACUGUACACGACUAUGAUACGUUUGGAAAAGGAAAAUGAUGGUAAUAAUGUCAGACGCAUAAGAAAAUUAUACAAUGAUACUUGUAACAAAUUUGGACAAAAUGGUACUGAAAUUUGGAUGGAAUGUAUUCGUUUUGAGUAUACACAAAACGAACUGUAUUUGAUGGAGCACGUUUUUGCAGCAUCGUUGGUUUACUUAAAAUCUGAUAAUAUACAUAUAAAUACAAUGAAAUCAUGGUAUAAUAAUUUCAAAAAUGAACACAAAGAUGCGUUUACUGACGAAGAUCUGAUAUUAGUAUGCAGCGAUUAAAUUUCUCUCAAACUAAUACAUGUUUUUUGUCUUAUUUUGUUGAAGAGUUUUUUUUAGAUUAUUUAACACAUUUUGUGUGACCUAACCGGCUAAGAUAUUUGCAGUUUCGUAAUCAUCAUUAAAAUACUAUCAAUUAAAAAAAAAAAAUUCGAAAAAAAGGGUAAACUAGACUUGUUACCGUAAUUGCCUCUCUGGCUUUUAGAAAUUAACGGUAUCAGUAACAGUAUUAUAGUGUACUCAGUCUAUUAUUAAUUAAUUGUAUAUUUGUUUAGUAUAGUUAAGUUUAUAAUAUAGUAUCGAUAAAAAUGAUAAUUUACUGUAUUUUAUUGUAAUUUGUAUA